AUGAACGGCCACGGCAAAGAUGACGACGCAAGUGACCCUGCAGGCGACGCAUCUGCUCAGGCGGAACAAACAUCAACAACCAAAUUCCUUCUCGUUGGGUUGCUGCGAUUUCUUGGCACCGCGGUUCUCGCGGUCCUAUUCUACAUUAUCAUCCGUCAAUAUCAAGGUCGUACCUUGACUUCGGGGGACAAGUCGAUUUUCGAUACUCUUGUGGUGGCUGUUAGUUUAACACUCGGGCUCAACAGCGCGGCGUCCCUAAGGCACAUUGCACUGUUUGCCAGGGGUUGGUAUGCGGAAACACGCCGUGUCCACGUCAAAGAGUUUCGUCGCGUUGGUUGGGCUGCUCAUCCGCACGCCAGCUCCGCUUCUGAAGUUGGUGUGCGCAAUAUGGCUGUUACUGAACCUUUGGGCAUUUCCGCAGUCAGCUUGACCUUCAAAGCGGAACCCGGCAUCGAGGAGAUCUACCCAGAUUCCACCCUCGGUAAUGUCACGAUCCCAGACAUGAGCCGUUUCGCCCGGGUCGGCAGAUUCAACGACGGCGCACGCCCGCAGUCCCUUGCGGCACACAUCCUCGGUGAUACCGCAGCGAGCUACGAGUUUGCGCCCUUCCCGAGCGGCGUGAUGACCGACGCCCCCAUCGCACGGUUCCCCCAAGCGUACUGGGACGCCGGCGACCACUGGGAGUUUGUCUUUGCCAACUCGGCCCCCGUCCCGGGCUCAGCAUCACAAGACCUCAAUUUCCUCUCCUUGUACUCCAACCAACACGUAGAAUCCUCUGGAACCUGCAAAACACCACGCUACACCUUCAAUCUAACCGAGGGCAUCCUCACCGUGAAACACACCGACGAACAAAAGACAAUCCUAUUCCCGGCGUCAGGGGUCGGCGACGAAGCGAUCACUUAUCUCACCGAGCCCGUCCUCCACGACGCCCGCGCUGGACCCAACAUCACCGGCACCUGCGGCCCCGGCUGCGCUACGGUCUAUGUUGUUGAACCCCACGCAGGAAACCCAGUUCCCGGCUCUACCUUCUCCAACCCCAACUCCAGCUUUUUCUACUAUGAAUGCAACAUCGCCGUAAAACCCACCACCGAUCCCAACGCAGGGCCCUUCAAAUUUGCCCCGAUGACCGCCGCCGUAGCCGCUCAAGCGAUCGCCCUGUCAGGCCAACGAGCACCCGCAGCAGCAAACGGUUCCGCUUCGCGGGCUGGGUUGAACCAAUUCACGUCGUAUAACCUAGGCCUGGACUUUGGACAGGCACAGAACAACAACGUCACCUCCAUGGCGAAGAUGCUGUCGCGUUUUGCAAUCGGCGUGGUAGCCGCUGCGGCGCGGAGUAAUCCGCGGGUGACGGUGCAGGGCCACACGCCACGACAAGGGGUGCGGUUGGUUUUGGAAAAGCCGGUGGUGUUUGGGGCAAUAUUGAUUGCCACGGCUGCUGUGCAGCUGGUGUUGAUGGGGGUCGUGUUGAUUCUUGUGCGGGUGUUGAGGAAGAGCGGGAGGGGGGACACAGGGAGUAGGGGCGAGGUGAAAUAUGUUACGAUUUGA